AUGCCGGAAGCCAAUCGCAGCUCCUCCCUGCCUGGCACAUACGUCUUGGCUGGCAUCCCAGGGCUGGAGGCGUCUCACGUCUGGAUCUCCAUCCCCUUCUGCCUGAUGUACGCGGUCGCGCUCCUUGGGAAUGGCUCCCUGUUGCUCCUCAUCCUUUCAGAGCGCAGCCUCCGCCAGCCCAUGUACCUCUUCCUUUCCAUGCUGGCCUCGGCAGACUUACUGCUUUCAACCACCACCGUGCCAAAGAUGCUGUCCAUAUUCUGGUUCCGUGCAGGAGAGAUCUCCUUUGAGGGAUGUCUCGCCCAGAUGUUCUUCAUCCACGUGAUCUUCAUUGCUGAGUCCGCCAUCCUCACGGCCAUGGCCUUUGAUCGGUACAUCGCCAUCUUUGACCCACUGCGGUACGCCACGGUGCUCACCAAGUCUGUCAUCUGGAAAAUUGGGCUGGCUGCCAUUGCCAGAAGCUUCAGCAUAAUUUUCCCGGUCAUCUUCCUCGUGAAGCGGUUGACAUUUUGCCAGCGCAACGUCCUCCCCCAUACCUACUGUGAGCACAUGGGCAUUGCCCGUCUGGCUUGUUCUGACAUCACGGUCAACAUCUGGUAUGGCUUCAUGGUGGCCCUCUUGGCCAUAGGCCUAGACGCCUUGCUGAUAGCGGCAUCCUAUGCGUUGAUCCUUAGAGCUGUUUUCCGGCUUCCUUCCAAGGGCGCCAGGCGCAAGGCUCUCGGCACCUGUGGGUCUCACCUCUGCAUCAUCCUGAUGUUCUACACUCCUGCAUUUUUCUCCUUCUUUGCCCAUCGCUUCGGCCAUAACAUCCCCGGUUACAUUCACAUUCUCCUCGCCAACUUAUACGUGCUUGUCCCCCCCAUGGUGAAUCCCAUUGUUUAUGGGGUCAGAACCAAGGAGAUUCUGAGAACAGCGACCAAGAAGUUCCGCCAACGUUUUGGCCGGCCAGUUACCUAA